GACUUGGCGAUGAGCUGGAUGAGCUUCGAAGCCAGCUGGACUACCUGCUCGAGAAAGGUUUCGUUCGCCCCAGCACAUUACCGUUUGCAGCUCCGAUCCUGUUCACCCCGAAGAAAUAUGGCGGGAAUGUAUUUUGACUACCGCGCCUUGAACCGGGUUACCAUCAAAUCUCGCUAUCCCAUCCCGCGUGCCGACGAACUCAUCGACCAACUUAGCGGAGCCAAAUUCUUUUUGAAAAUUGACCUGCCACGCAGUUACCACCAAAUCCACGUGAACAAAUCUCAUUGCUACAAGUCGGCGUUUCGGACCCAAUAUGGGAGUUAUGAGUACAUGGUUAUGCCUUUUGGCUUAACAAACGCACCUACAACAUUCCAGUUAACCAUGAACGAGGUUUUUCAGCCGCUGCUGGACAAAUGCGUCAUCAUGUACCUCGACGACAUCCUGGUCUACACCACUACCCGGGAGCAGCAUUUGAAGGAUUUGGAAGCACUUUUCCCUCUAUUGCAGCAGCACCGACUCAUUAUUGUAAUAGAGAGAAAACGGACCCCCAAACUUUUCCUGACUACACCUCCGGUUCUUCGGAUUGCAGAUCCUGACCGUCCGCUCGAGCUCAUCACCGACGCUAGCAAUCUGGCCGUUGGCACAGUACUGUUACAAGAAUUCGGCGAAGGCCUCCAACCCAUCGCCUACGAGUCACGAAAGCUGAACCCGGCAGAGCGAAAUUAUCCUGUCCAUGACAAGGAGUUAAUGACCAUCGUUCACGCUUUCAAAGUCCGGCGCUGCUACCUGACGGGCACUGACGUGACAGUUCGAACAGACCACAAUGUCCAUCGCAUUGCAGCUAACUGCCAUCAGCUAGCAGCAGCAGCAGACGCAGAAGCAGCAGCAGUAGCAGCAGCACUAGCAGCAGCAGCAACAACAGCAGCAGCAGCAGCAGCAGCAGCAGAAGAAGGAGCAGCAGACGCAUCAGCAGCAGUGGCAGCAGCAGCAGCAUCGGCAGUAGCAGCAGCAGCAGCAGCAGCAGCAGCAGCAGCAGCAGCAGCAGCAAGCAGCAGCAGCAGCAAGCAGCAGCAGCAGCAGCAGCAGCCAGCAGCAAGCAGCAGCAGCAGCAGCAGCAGCAGCAGCAGCAGCAGCAGCAGCAGCAGCAGUGGGAGCAGCAGCAGCAGCUACAGCCAUUCCCAUCCUCCCCUCCUCUUUGAGACGCCGCGGGUCCACCCCGCCCCGCUCCCUUCCGACCACCGCGGGUCCACCCGCCAUCGCCUUCCUCCCACUCC